GCCGCUGCCUUGUUCUUCUCAGCCAGUGAGCUGCACGUAAAUUUCCACAACACAAGCUUUGCUGGAGAGCGGCGCAAGAGCGACCGCUUCGUGCGGUGAUGCAGCACCCUACACCAAAGAAACCCUAACUGCACCGCAGGACACGACGGAUUGCUGGUUGGAAUACAGUGAUGUUUAAUGACAUGCCUCGAAAUAAAUUCUGAAUGAUUGAAGACUGCGGGCAGAGGGGUGACAACAUGGCAGAUAGAAGGCAACUGUAUGUCGAGAUGAGGGCUCAAGAUUUGGAUUCCAUACGAUUGUCAACAUACAGAACAGCCUGCAAACUCAGAUUUGUGCAGAAGAAAUGCAACUUGCAUUUGGUUGAUAUUUGGAACGUCAUUGAGGCUUUCCGGGAAAAUGGCCUCAACACCAUGGACCUCAAUGCUGAGCUCUCUGUAGCUCGUCUAGAAGUGGUACUGUCCACUAUCUUUUACCAGCUGAACAAGCGCAUGCCCACCACCCACCAGAUCAAUGUGGAGCAGUCUAUCAGCCUGCUGCUCAACUUCCUGCUGGCAGCAUAUGACCCGGAGGGUCACGGCAAGAUAUCCAUCUUUGUUGUGAAGAUGGCCCUUGCAACCAUCUGUGGGGGAAAAAUUCUGGAUAAAUUACGAUAUAUCUUUUCCCAGAUGUCAGAUUCUGCUGGAAUAAUGGUACACUCACAGUUUGACCAGUUUCUGCGGGAAGUUUUAAAAUUACCUAUGGCGGUUUUUGAGGGACCUUCCUUUGGCUACACCGAACAAGCUGUACGAGCAUGCUUUGCACAGCAGAAAAAAAUCUCCCUCAACACAUUCCUCGAUACGUUGAUGUCAGACCCGCCCCCUCAGUGUUUGGUGUGGUUACCGCUCAUGCAUCGGCUUGCCAAUGUGGAGAAUGUCUUUCACCCAGUCGAGUGCUCCUACUGCCAUACUGAGAGUAUGAUGGGCUUCCGCUACCGCUGCCAGCAAUGUCAUAAUUACCAGCUCUGUCAGGACUGCUUCUGGAGGGGGCAUGCCAGCGGUUCCCAUAGCAACCAGCACCAAAUGAAGGAGUAUACGUCAUGGAAAUCCCCUGCUAAGAAGUUAUCCCAUGUCCUCAGUAAGUCACUGAGCUGUGCAUCUAGCAGAGAGCCUCUUCACCCCAUAUUUCCUGAAAUUCAAGAUAAACCUCUCAAUCUAGCUCAUAUUGUAGACACGUGGCCACCAAGACCUGUGAAUCUCACCAAUGACUACUCACUCUCCCACUCCAUGCCUACAUCAGGGAACCCUUACUCCACCAAAAACGAGAAUAAUGAUGUUGGGCAAAGAAAGCCCCUGACUGGGGCUGCUCCACAUCUGUUGAAAGGGAAAGGGUUGAAGUACAACCUCGAUGUUGCUGAUAGACUUGCUGACGAACAUGUUCUCAUUGGUCUCUAUGUGAAUCUGCUCCAAAACAACCCCAAAACAUGUUUGUUGGAGAGCAGUAACCAUCAAGACGAGGAGCACAGUCUCAUCGCCCGCUAUGCUGCUAGACUGGCUGCUGAUGCUGCGGCUCAACACCAGAGGGUCCCCACAGACUUCCCCUGCUCUCUGGAUGCCAACAAACAGCAAAGGCAGCUCAUUGCUGAGCUGGAGAGCAAGAACAGGGAAAUCCUACAGGAAAUUCAGCGGCUGCGCCUUCAGCAUGAGGAGGCAUCCCAGCCACCACCUGACAAGGGUCAGCAGAACCCAACCCUGCUAGCUGAGCUACGACUUCUCAGGCAACGCAAAGAUGAGCUUGAACAAAGAAUGUCUACUCUGCAGGAGAGUCGCAGGGAACUCAUGGUGCAGCUGGAGCAGCUAAUGAUGCUUCUCAAGCUGAAAGAAGAACAGAAACAAGCUACUCAGGGUCCCGGCUCUCCACGAUCUUCCCCCAGCCACACCAUUGGCCGGCCGAUCCCAACACCGAUCCACUCGGACUCUGCUGGCACCACUCCGACUCACACACCUCAGGACUCAUUGAUGGGUGUGGGAGGGGACGUUCAGGAGGCCUUCGCUCAGGGUCCAAGGAGAAAUUUGAGAAAUGACCUACUCAUUGCUGCUGACUCCAUCACCAACACUAUGUCAUCGCUGGUUAAAGAACUCAAUUCAGAGGGUGGAAGCGAGACUGACAGCCUUGUGGACGCAGACUUUGGACGUUGUGACCUAUUUGCCACAACCUCUUCAGAUAAUUUCUUCACUUAUAAAGCAAGGCCUGCUAGUGCUUCAGAGGAGGAAGGCUUUGAGAACAACCUGGAGAAGCAGCUAGAGGAUGAACUCAAGCUUGAGGAGCUGGUGAAGCACAGGCAGGAGACAGACAAAACUUGUAUGGUGACCCUGCAGCAGUGACUGUGGAUGUCCACGUGACUGGUAAACUACAUGAAAAGCAACAAUAGUAGAAGACACUGGAAAAGGCUACAGUAAACUGCACUGAAGACGUGGAGAAUUUGAUUUUCGCUAAAUCCAACCAUAGAAUACAUUUAUGUAAAGAUAUAUUUUUUAACCAAGCACAUAUUAAAGGUAAUACUGUGAGCUGGUGUAAAGAGAUUAAUUACUGAGCUGUCUAUUAUACCACAGGUGCCAUACAAAACACAUAAUUUGGGGUAAUUAUUUCUUCAUUUUUAUUCUUUUUAUAUGAGUUGUCUAGCAUAUACACUGUUAGCACAGGGGGUGGACCCUCUUCUUUCAAAGUCUUGAGGUUGUGAACAAAGUGAAUAAGGAUUUAAGUGUUUAUCGUCAUGUAAUUUAUCAUGAUAAACCUGGUGUUACAGUAAUGCUGAUGCUAUAAAAUGAGAACAUUUAAAAGGUUUUGUACAUGUUACUCUGGCCAGGAUACGUAAACAAAUUUAGCAUUAUUUCAUAUAUUUUUCAUAUAUUUCUUACUGCUGAUGUUAAGUUGCUUUUUUUUUAUUUUUGAUCUGCUUUUUGUUCUGUGAAGUUUUUUUUUGUUAUUGUUUGUUUUUUUGAGAACAGGCCAAUUAAUUGCUUUUAUUUAAAUGUAUAUGUUAGUAAUAAUAAUGCACACUGCCUUAGCUGACUGGAUGACCUCUUAUUGCAGUUCAUUCUACCUGUCAAUGCAGCAUGUAGCUUACAGCAAAACACACCUGCAACAAUGCUGGGUGUCUUCAGCCAGGUUAAAUUCUUUGAAAAUGAUGCUUGGAGAGCAAAUGUGUUUAGAAAGUUUUAGAUAUAAAUGACUAGUUCUAUUGUCUGGAGGGGGGGUUGAAAUUAAUGGGUAAAAAAGCAACACAGAGACAUCCACAAUGUCAGAUUCAAAGGUUUACACUGGCAAGGGCAUUGAAGAAACUGUUUACUGUCAAUGGUGUAUGAAUUAAGGUUCAGUCAUAGAUCAUUUAGGAUGGUUUCAGUUUUACACAAAUCUUUGUCAUUUGCACACCAUCACAUGCAUAUUCUUGAUGCUUUGUGUGGGUGUGAACAAAAUUUUACCCAGUUAUUUUGGUAAGUGGCAAGCCAAUCUAAAUCAUAAAUAUGUGAAAUAUAUCUAGUUUGAUUUCUGGGUUUUUUUUUUUCUUUUUUUUUUUUCAAAGUAGUGAUUUUGCAUGGUGGUGAUGCAUAAUAAAGUGUUGACACAAUA